AUGGAGGGAACAAACAGAAGGAGCAACAGCCAAAUAAAAGAUGACAAGCAAGCUCGUUUCCGAGGCGUGCGGAGGAGGCCAUGGGGAAAAUUUGCAGCAGAGAUUCGAGACCCAUCAAGGAACGGUGCUCGUCUUUGGCUCGGUACAUUUGAGACGGCUGAGGAUGCGGCAAGGGCGUAUGACCGGGCCGCCUAUAACCUUAGAGGCCAUCUCGCUAUACUUAACUUCCCUAAUGAGUAUUAUUCGCGUAUGGACGACUAUUCACUUCGCCCUCCUUAUUCUUCUUCUUCGUCAUCUUCGGCUUCAACUUCUACGGGUGUUAAUCGACAAAAUCAAAGGGAAGUUUUUGAGUUUGAGUAUUUGGACGAUAGGGUUCUUGAAGAACUUCUCGAUUCGGAAGAAAGAAAUAAACGGUAG